AUGAUAGAUAGCGAGGAAACUCCCUCCGUGGGCGGAUCGACAAUAAGCGCGAAAAACGACACCAAACGGGAGAAGGAUCUUGAAAUCGGGCCCGCCGAGCUGAACAAUACAACAAAAGAGCAAAAAGUGCAAGACCCGAACAUUGUCGAUUGGGAUGGUCCAGACGACCCCGAAAACCCCCUCAACUGGACCUCGCGAAAAAAGGUCACAGCGACAUGUUCGAUUGCGCUGAUCACGUUUCUGACCCCUCUGGGAUCAUCUAUGUUCGCGCCCGGCGUAGGUGAACUAGUCAAAGACUUCAAUGUCACUAGCAUUGAGCUGUCAUCAUUCGUGGUAUCGGUGUAUCUGCUCGGAUACUGCUUUGGUCCUCUACUGAUUGCACCUCUGUCGGAACUCUAUGGUCGACAGUACGUCUACCAUGUAUGUAAUAUCCUCUACGUGAUCUGGACAAUUGCCUGCGCUUUCGCGCCGGAGAUUGGCAGUCUUGUUAUCUUUCGAUUCUUCGCUGGCUUUGCCGGUAGCUGUCCACUCACUAUCGGUGCCGGGUCGAUUUCGGAUAUGUUUGUACAAGAGCAGAGAGGCGGUGCGAUGGCAGCUUGGGCUCUUGGUCCUUUGAUUGGGCCUGUUGUUGGUCCGGUUGCGGGUGCAUAUCUGGCACAAGCAAAGGGUUGGCGAUGGAGCUUCUAUGUGCUAGCUAUGGCUGGCGGUGCUAUCACCGUCAGCUCAAUGUUCACCAUUCGUGAAUCCUACGCCCCGACUCUCCUGGCCCGGAAGACCAAGAAGCUCCAGAAUGAGACCGGGAAUAUGAACUUGCGCUCUGCACUUGACACAGGGCUUACACCGAAAGAACUGUUCUUAUAUUCCAUCAUCCGACCGACGAAGAUGCUCUUCCGCUCUCCGAUAGUAUUCCUUCUGUCACUUUACGUCGGCGUGAUCUACGGAUACCUAUAUCUGUUGUUUACAACCAUCACCAGCGUAUUUCAAGAGCAGUAUAAUUUCUCCCAGGGAUCAGUCGGACUCACCUAUCUCGGGUUGGGAGUUGGCUCCUUGAUCGGUCUGUUCACGCUAGGAGCAACAUCAGAUAGACUGCUCGCCUACCUAUCUGCCAAAAAUGGUGUGAUGAAGCCCGAGUACCGUCUUCCGCCUAUGAUCCCCGGAGCCAUUUUCGUUCCCAUCUCACUGUUCAUGUAUGGAUGGACUGCUUAUUACAAAACCCACUGGAUUGUGCCUAUCAUCGGGACCUCUUUUCUUGGCGUUGGCAUGAUGAUUACCUUCAUGUGUGUGGGUACAUACUUGGUAGAUGCCUUCACGGAUUAUGCCGCUUCCGUCAUGGCGGCUAACACGGUGUUCCGUUCACUGGCCGGUGCCAUGCUUCCACUUGCUGGCCCGAAGAUGUAUGAUGUUCUUGGGCUUGGCUGGGGUAACUCGCUGCUUGGGUUCAUUGCCCUAGCAUUUUGCGCAUUGCCAGUCGUCUUUUGGCUAUACGGUGAGCGUAUACGGACGAGUCCAAGAUUCCAGGUGACUUUCUGA